AAUAAUGCAUUUAAAAAUGUCCGCCGAAAGCCAGGCCUUCAGAUAUGGACCGUCAAUAAAAUGCAAAUGGAUCCCGUUCCACCUCAGGCCUUUGGCAAUUUCUUUGAGGGAGACUGUUACAUAGUUCUAUAUAUAAGUGAGAAUAAAGGCUCCCGCCAGUCUGCUGAUAUCCACUACUGGGUUGGAAGAACCUCCUCUCAGGAUGAACAAGGUGCUGCUGCCAUCUACGUCACCCAGCUGGACGAGUACCUGGGUGGGAGUCCGGUCCAGUACAGGGAGGUGCAGGGCUACGAGUCACCGCGGUUCAGGAGUUACUUCAAAAAUGGCCUGAUCUACAAGAAGGGUGGAGUGGCCUCAGGUUUCAACCACGUUGAAACAAACGCCUACAACGUCCUGCGACUGCUGCAUGUCAAAGGGAGGAAGGAUGUCACAGCAACAGAGGUGGAGGUGUCAUGGAGCAGCUUUAACAAAGGAGAUAUAUUUCUUCUGGAUAUCGGGAAAGCUAUAGUGCAGUGGAACGGUCCCCAGAGCAACAGAAGAGAGAAGCUCAAGGCGGUCUUGUUGGCUCAGGACAUCCGGGACAGGGAACGCGGAGGUCGCGCUCAGAUCGGUGUUGUGGAGGGAGGAGAUGAGCGGAGCUCGCCCGAGCUCAUGAAAUUCCUGACGACUGUGCUCGGACCAAAACCGGCACAGCUGAAGGAGGCCACUUCCGAUGAUGUGCCUGAUAGUGCGCAGAAAAACAGUGUCCGACUCUACCACGUUUAUGACAAUAGUGGGAAUCUAGUGAUUCAAGAAGUGGCCAAACAACCUCUGACACAAGAUCUUCUGAAAUCCUCGGACUGUUUCAUUCUGGACAACAAAGGGUCUAGUGUGAUGGUCUGGAAAGGAAAGAAGGCCUCCAAAGAAGAGCGACAAGGAGCUAUGAAUCGGGCACUGAGCUACAUUAAAGCAAAAAAGUACCCAGCCAGCACCACUGUGGAGGUGAUGGCUGAGGGAGCAGAGUCAGCAAUCUUUAAGCACCUGUUCAAAUCCUGGACAGACAGAGACCAAACUCAGGGCCUGGGUACCACACACAACGUUGGAAAGAUAGCUAAGGUCGACGACGGAAAGUUUGACGUGAUGGAGCUCCACGCGCGCCCUGAACUGGCAGCACAGUACCGCAUGGUGGACGAUGCAUCAGGAGACGUUAAGGUGUGGUGCAUUGAGAAUUUGGAACUGGCUGAAAUAGACCCAAAAACCUACGGGCAGUUUUAUGGAGGAGACUGCUACUUGGUGCUGUAUUCAUAUAAAAGAGCAGGCCAGCAGCAGUACAUACUCUACAUGUGGCAGGGACGCCAUGCCACAAGCGAUGAGAUUGCAGCAAGCGCCUUCCAGGCUGUCAAUAUUGAUAACAAGUACAAUGGAGCCCCAGUUCAGGUCAGAGUGGUCAUGGGAAAGGAGCCGCGCCACUUCCUGGCUAUUUUCAAAGGCAAACUUAUCAUUUUUGAGGGAGGAACAGGUCGACCUGGUGUGGUUAACCCUGCCAAAGAUGCCAGGCUCUUCCAGGUGAGAGGGACUAAUGAGCUGAAUACUAAAGCCACAGAGGUGGUGGCCAGGGCCGCUUCUCUAAGCUCCAAUGACGUCUUCCUGCUGAAAACUGACAAUAUCUCCUACCUGUGGUAUGGAAAGGGCUGUAAUGGGGAUGAGAGAGAGAUGGGGAAAGCGAUGUCUGAUGUGCUGUCCAGGCAUGAGAAGCGGGUGGUGAUGGAGGGCCAGGAACCUGCUGAAUUCUGGAUAGCUUUGGGUGGAAAGGGCUCCUAUGCCAGUGACAGGAGAUUUGAGAGGGAGGAGCCGCUUCACAGUCCCCGGCUGUUCGAAUGCUCCAAUCAGACGGGGCGCUUUAAGAUUACUGAGGUGGAUGAUUUCGCCCAGUGUGACCUAGAUGAAGAUGACGUCAUGUUGCUGGACACCUGGGAAGAGCUUUUCUUGUGGAUCGGUAACUCCUCCUAUGAGUAUGAGACCAAAGAGGCGUUGAACAGCGCGCGGGAUUACCUGAGAACUCACCCGGCUGGACGUGACCCUGACACGCCCAUCGUCUUUGUCAAACAGGGAUACGAGCCGCCCACCUUCACCGGAUGGUUCAACGCGUGGGAUCCCCACAAGUGGAGCGACCUGAAGAACACUAAGCUGAACAAGACUCCCGUUGGGGGAGGUGGGGGUGGUUACAGAGCACCUGGGGGCCCCCUAACUUCUCCGCCACCCAACAAGGCCUACUUCCAAGAUGAAACAGAUUUUUUCCCCAGACCCUCUAGUCCUACAAGACCCCAGUCUGGGAUGUCCUCCUCCUCUGCUAGUUCCUUGUCCUCUUCUGGAGCUGGAAGGUUUUUUGACCCUGAGCUCCUCGUCAACAAGACUCCAGACGAGCUACCAGAAGGAGUGGAUCCCACCCAGAAAGAGGAUUAUUUAUCUGACCUGGACUUUGAGAACCUGCUCAGUACUACUCGCGCAGACUUCCAGCGCUUGCCAAAGUGGCGCCAGAAUGAUUUAAAGAAGAAAGCAGGAAUUUUCUGAGAAGGAAUCACACAUCUCCAGCCUGUCUGCUGAGAAAUCCGCUUGUAAACCAAACUAUACGGCAGCAUUUUAGCUUCUGACCUUCAUCUCAAUAUUUUGUUUUGCUGUCAGAGGGGUAAAAAAAAAAUCGACCAACAUCCCAAGUUGUUUAGAUUUAACAAAUGGUAUUUAUGAUUAUGACCAUGAAUGUAACUUGUAAUAAUUUAAAGGACGUGACUGACAUUUCUAAGAUUAUUUUUUUUAAUUAUUCUGCUUUAUAUUUAUCUGUAUAUUUUUUUUUCAUUUCAUGUAGAUCAUACUGAGAUGAUGUUUUGCUAGCAUUUUAUCUGAAUCACAAAUGCAGUGAAUAAACAGAAAACCAUUGAC